AUAGCCAGACUGACACAGAGAAAUAACAGAGGAAGAAAGAAGAAGAAGAAGAAAGAGCUCUUUUUUAACUCCGAUCACUCCAAUGGCCACUCUGGUUUUCCCCAACCAGCACUCUCCUGCUGAAGAUGCUGAGUCUAUCCACAAGUGCUUCCAAGGAUGGGGGACUGAUGAGAAGAGCGUAAUAACAAUCCUGGGUCACACAAACACUUACCAGAGGCAGCAAAUCAGAAAGGCGUAUGAGGAACUUUACCAGGAGGAUCUUGUCAAACGCCUCGAGAAGGAGAUCUCUGGCGACUUCGAGAGGGCUGUGUAUCGGUGGAUUCUGGAACCGGCAGAUCGUGAUGCGGUGUUGGCCCAUGUGGUCAUCAAGGAAGGGAAAAACUACCAUGUGAUUGCAGAAAUUGCCACAGUGCUCUCCCCUGAAGAACUGCUUGCUGUGAGGCGUGCUUACCUCCAUCGCUACAAGCACUCAUUGGAGGAAGAUGUGGCUGCUAUCACUUCAGGCCAUCUUCGCCAGCUUUUGGUGGGGUUGGUGACCUCAUAUAGGUACGUUGGAGAAGAGAUCAAUGCAAGAUUGGCACAAUCUGAAGCUGAGAUCCUUCAUGAGGCUAUCAAGGAGAAGAAAGGAAGCCAGGAAGAAGUCAUCAGGGUCUUGACCACAAGGAGCAAGACCCAACUUGUUGCAACCUUCAAUCGCUACAGAGAGGCCCAUGGAGCUUCCAUUUCUAAGAAAUUGGUGGAUGAGACAUCAGAUGAGUUCCAAAAGGCAUUAUACACAGCCAUCCGCUGCUUCAAUGACCACACCAAGUACUAUGAAAAGGUGGUGCGCAAUGCGAUAAAGAAGACGGGAACUGAUGAGGAUGCACUGACCCGUGUGAUCGUGAGCAGGGCAGAAAAGGACAUGAGGGAAAUCAAAGAACUGUAUUACAAGCGGAACAGUGUUCAUCUUGAACAGGCUGUGGCCAAGGACAUCUCAGGAGACUACAAGAACUUACUCCUCGCUCUCCUGGGGAAGGAAGAUUAAGGCUUUUUAAGUUGUUGUGAGGCCAUUUUCUGAUGAUGAUGGGUUUGAGUUAGAGAGUGGUUUGAAUUUGAACUUUGAACUGUGUGGGAUUUCGCUCUCCUUUUUUUACUUUGUGGUUUGAUGAACCUCAAGCUGUGAUAUGCUUGGUUGGUUUGGUCGCCAGAUGAAUAAUGGAGGAUGGUUCAUGUUUGCAAAAUUCA